AUGGCAGAACCCGCACAACCUAUCAGCUUCAAUGAAUACCGGGUCAGAGCCGGUAACAUAGCGGUAGACUGCCGGGAAGCCGGCUCGGGUCUGCCGGUCGUUUUCCUGGAGAGCCUGCAAUGGGGGCACCGCCCCUUCUACGAGGCACUGGCACGGCAGUUCCACCUCUUUGUCCUUGAUUUUGAGGAUGCCACGGUCGAAGGCGCCGAGGCCGCAGUAAGGGAGAUGGCGAAAUCCCUGGCCGGCAAGACUUACAACCUGGCAGGUUUCUCCCAGGGAGCCAACCUGGCGCUGCGCACAGUUUUGCGCGCGCCGGUAGACCCCGAGCCUGCGGAGUCUCUGGUGUUGAUUUCACCCACCGCCAUUCGUCCCAAUCCCGACCUCCCGACGCUGAACUGGGUAGGCUGGGCCGAUCGCCUGCUGGCCCACAAGGAACGUCAUUCCUACCUGGGCGGGCUGCCCAACGGUUGGGAAUUGGAGGGCCUGUUUUCACCCAAGAAAAAUGAUGGAGAGUUGGAAGAGUGGCUGCCUGAAAUCAAGUGUCCGACCCUGGUGGCGUUCGGCACCCGAGACCGCAUGACUGCCCCCGAGGCCGCCUCCACUUAUCGCGCCAACAUACCGAACUGCCACGUUUCAUUGGUAUACGACACCGCACACCUGGUGGCCCCCGACCGGCCCGAGCCGUCGCCAACGCCGUCAUAG